UAACCCAUUAUUCUGAUUCAUAACAUUCAUCACCACCAGAAGCAAGCAAUAUACUCUGUGCCAAUCAAUACAAUCUUUUCAGAGAUCACAACAAAAAAACCAUAAAUCAUACUAUGGCUGCAGAUUAUAGUCAUUCAUCAUCAUCUUCUUUUCAGCCUCACCUGUGCUUCUUCAUAGCCACACUCUUCAUGUUCAUGGGCAUCACAUGGUACAUAAACUAUGAGUCCAUACUUGAGGGGGUGGUGGACCAGAUCAAGCUCCUCCUGAUGCUCUCCCCCUUGCUCCUCCUCCUCGCCCUCCACCUCUUCUCCAAGCUCCAAAACAGGUCUACUCCGCCGCUCCUCUUCUCCUCCUUCUUGCCCCUGCCCGACGAGACGGCGGGCCCCGCCUCCCGGGAGGGUGGUUCUUCGACCCCCUGGGGGGUCGGGCUCCUCCUCGUGCUUCUCCUCUUCAUGGUCUCUUACCAGUCCGAUUUUCGCGAACGGUGGUUCCCGCUUUUGUGGAGGUGAUAUGAUGAUGGUCAACGCAUGGGUGCCAAGGGGGUAAGACUCGAGUUCGAUUCCUGACAAGUUGUGGAGGUGAUAUGAUGAUGGUCAGUGACAACUGCACUGGAGUGCAACUAUGCUCAGCAUAGCGCCUAGACUCCACUCUUUGCCACCAUACCAAUCUGCAAUUAAAGUCUAAUUUACCUCUUUUCUAUGACUGUCCGGCCGGGUGUGAGGGAUCCAUCCUUUUUUUAUAGAUAUUGUGUAAAAGUAGUUCAAUAUGCAUCUCUUGUUAGUUUCUUGUCCUCGGUUUCUUGUUUUUUUUUUUUUUGUAGCAAAUAUGUGAGACUAAUAAAUUGAAAUCGAAAUU